AGGCGGUUGGCGGCUGGACGAGGCGCAGCUGGAGACGCGGUGCAAUCAACUAGUGGGAGGAGCCUAAAAGCACCAUUGCAUUUCUUUUCAGAACUCAACGCACCGAAGCGAAACGUCAUCACCAUGACUCUGAACCAAGUACUUUUAUGUCUGGCGUUAGCAUUAGCAUCAUUAGCCUCCGCCCGGGACUUGAAGUCGAGACCAAAAGUCCAGCAGCCGGCAGGUGCAGUUCGCCAACCUUUUCCUCCAGCGCACCAAGUGAAGCGGUCCUUCCGUGAGCCGUUGUCCUGGAGGUCUCCGGAUCCCCCGGCGGAAGAGGAGCCCCGCUUCCCGCCGCAUUUUGAGCUGAAGAAGCCUCCCGAGGCGUCCGACGCCAUCCUGGUUGUGUGCGAGGAAAACUCGGUCCGGGUGGAGGCCAAGCGAGACCUCCUGGGGAUCGGGCAGCUCGUCAAGGCUGCAGAUGUCACGCUGGGAGGGUGUCCCGCCACCGGCGAAGACACUCGGCACCAGGUCCUCAUCUUUGAGUCGGAACUCCACCAGUGCGGCAGCCGGCUGCUGAUGUCUGAGGACGACUUGGUCUACGUGUUCACGCUGCAGUACACCCCUUCUCCUCUGGGAGACACGCCCAUCGUCCGGACCAGAGAUGUCACGGUCAGCAUUGAGUGUCAGUACCAGAGGAAGCAUGACGUGAGCAGCGGUUUCCUGAGUCCCACCUGGGCCUCGUUUAAUGACUCUCAAGUUUCUGAGGAAAGCCUCUACUUCUCCUUUAGGCUGAUGACCGAUGACUGGCAGGUCGCUCGGCCGUCUUCUCAGUUCACGCUGGGCGACAUGAUGAAGUUUGAGGUUUCGGUCAAGCAGUUCCACCACACGCCCCUCAGAGUGACGGUGGACGACUGCGUCGCUACCGUGGUCAGGAACGUGGACACGGUCCCUCGGUACUCCUUCCUGGGUAACAACGGGUGCCUGUUUGACAGUCAGUUGACGGGCUCCGGCUCCCGCUUCCUUCCACGCUCGCGGGACGACCGGCUGCAGUUUGAGGUGGAGGCAUUCAAGUUCCAGGAGGACGAGAGAGGCGCGAUCUACAUCACCUGCAACUUGAAGGCCACGGCUGCGACGUCGCUGGCGGAUUCUCUCAACAAGGCCUGCUCUUUCAACAACGGGUGGACAGAGGCAAGCGGGGUCCAUCAGGCGUGUUCCUGCUGUGAUGCGGACUGUGGGACAGGAAGUCGGAAGCAAGUGCGAGGAAACCAGAGUCCCCUCGCCACAACGGGUGCGAAAUGGGAAGAGGCGGUUGCGGUCGGACCAAUCACAGUGUACCAAAGACCAGCCAAGUGACUUUUUUUUCAUGAAAUGGAUUAAAUUCCUGUCAUCGCAAUCACA